AUGUAUGGACUCAUUCGGUUUGGUGACUUGCAAUGGGAGAUUGGCUUUUCUUCCGGCAUAUUCUUGAAAAGCUGCCCGCCGUUUUUCCACGGUGGGGCGUACCACUACAUCGAUUCCUAUUCGGAGGACUUGGUCACGUUCGACCCAAGUACUGCUCGCUGGAUUCCCAAGGGUGAUGGAGUCGAGGAAGACGUCGAGGAAGUCGAAUGGAAGGCUGAAGAUGAAUAUUAUUAUGAAUGGGAGCGAUAUGAAAUCUACCUUGCAGAAGACCAAGGGGAGAUAUGGGCCGUGUUUGUGUGCGAUGCCGAGAGGGAAGUGAGUGUGAGGAAAUGGGAUUUCGAGGGGUCGUGUUGGAGGAGCGUCGAGAGUUUGGGGGGCAAGUGCAUGUACGUUAGUAGGAACGGCUCAUUUGUUGAGACGUGCCGAGGGUUGGAGAACAAGAUUUACAUGAACAAGUUUUUUGGGGAGAGCGGUGUGUUGUACUCUGUGGCCACGGGGAUGUACCACUCGAUCGAGGGGGGGUUUGCCAGCCGGGAUGGUUACGGGCUCAACUUCAUGACUUACGGUAUUUGGAUUAAGCUGAGCAAAUCGUGA